AUGCGCGUCUGCGGGCCGAGGUGCCAGAGAAUCCUCUGGCCGGCGCACCGGACCCUGUGCGGGCGCGACCCGACGUUCUUCUACCUCCCGGGCCUCACGCCCGUCGAGGCCGACUGGCUCGAGCGCGUCAAGGACGAGCCGUUCUCGCUCAGCGGCAAGACGUUCGUCGAGUACGUGACGGCGCUCACGCCCGGCCUCACGUGGAAGGACCUGGUCGCGAUCGUCUCGUCCGACACGACCUCGUCAACGCUCGCCGACGCCAUGCGCAAUACGCUCCUCGUCCACGCCUUCUUCCACCUCGACCUCAUGCUGCGCAACUCGGUCGGCCCGAGCCCGCUGUGGCACUCUUUUGCCACGCUCGCCGUCCCGACGUUUGUGCACUGCAGCCGGCACCUCGGGUCGCAGCUCGGCGCCGACCUGUGGCGCGUCACGAACGACGUCCUGCGGCAGGUCCUCGUCUACGCCGCCUUACCCGGCGCGGUGGCCGACCCGGCGCUCGAGAUGGGCCUUGACGAGUGCGUCAGGCUCGAGAUCCUGGCGCAGGCGAGGGUCGUCGAGGCGGUCGCGAGGGCGCAGGUGGCGCAGGCGGCCAAGGACGUGCUCGUCGCCAACUCGGUGGCGCACCUCGAGGUGCUCAAGGACAAGCUUGCGGCGCUUCGACCGACGCACGAGCCGUUGUGCGGCCGCGAUCCGGACGUCUUCUACCUGGCGCCUCUCUCGCCGGCCGACCUCGAGCAGCUCGAGCGCACCAAGGGCGACACGUUCCCGGUGACCGGCGACAGCUUCGAGCACUAUAUCGAGAAGCUCUUCAAGGUCCGACCAUGGCCGACCUUCAUCAGCCUCGUCACCUCGACUGAGCCCACUUCUCCGAGCCACGCCACCGCCCGCAACAAUCUCCUCGCCUACAGCUACCUCCACCUCGGUGCGCCCAUCCUCGCGCAACCGGGCCUGCCUGCCCUCCCGCCGUGGCACCUCUUCGGCUGCCUCGCCGCCGACUGGAUCCAGCGCUGCACCCGUCCCCGUCCCGACACAGGCGUCCCCGACUGUCCCUCGCGCGACGCCAACCGCGUCCUGAACGGCCUCCUGCGGCAAGAGCUCGUCCGCGCGACGAUCGAGUCGGCCGCUCGAGGCCCCGAUCCCGCCAUCGACGAGUUCGAGGCGCGCCUGUGGGAGGUCGUCGCGUGUGGGAGGACGCUCAAGGAGCUCGAGCGGGCAGAGCUGGGCGACGAGGCGAGGACGAGGCUCGUCAAGGAGUUCAAGGAGGGCGUGCUCGACCCGAGGGCGAACGCGUUGCUCGAGCGCACGAUGCAGGACGCGCAGGUGCAACCCAUCUGAGCCUCGACGGCGUCGUACU